AUGGUAGCGGGAAACAGAAAUAGCAAAAGGGUUUCGGUGAAUUAUGGUGAUCUCAGCGAAGAUCUACUCCAGCUAGCUGCUAAUAAAUCUAACAGGCCUUCACCUAAGUUAUCGACCCGGGACACUAAUAACAAUAGUGCUGGUACAAGCCCAUAUGUGAAUAAUGAUAAUCAUAAUAAUAAUAAUGACGAGGGAUCAAGUAACAGUCGUCCACUUAAAAAUCAAAGAAGUUUUAAUGAUGAGGCUUUGGCUAAAUUAUCAGGAAAUUUUCAGGGUGAUUCACUUGAAAUAGCCCCAACCAUAACUGUGGAUGCUAUUAGUGGUAACAUCAAUAGUGGAGCUUCAUCGAAUAGAAACAAAAGGGUAUCGUAUGUAGCGACCCCUACAUUGAUAGAUGAUUCUAAGCAGGACUUUCAUUCCAAGAGACACAGUAGCUAUAAUGAGUAUCAACAAUUUUCCGCCCAAACACAACCACAAAAUCCUGCCACAGGUAAGACCAGACCUCUAUCAAUAAGAAUCAAGAAGAAUCCAAAUAGAUAUUCCUCAUUCGAUGGCUCUGAUCCAAAUAAGGCUAAGUUAGUGAGGCAAAUGCUUUCACCUAUUGACACCUCAGGAAGUGAAUCAUUUUCUCCUCAUGCUUCAAGCCCUACUGGUUUAGGUUUGGAUUCUAUUCUUAAAAAUAAUUCAAGUAUUUAUCAACCAAAGAAAGUAAAAGACAUUGAUGAUGAAGAUGAGGAUGAAGAAGAAGAUUUCCCACAUUUUAGAUAUCCUAAGUCUGCAACUAACCUGACGUUUCCUGACACUAGCAAAGAUAAGGAGACUAAUCCAUUUGGAGGUAAUCAUUUUGAUAAUAAAAUGAGAUCAAGGCCAGUUAAUAGUAAUGUGUCAAGACACUCGAGAUCCAAAUCAUUUAAUUUUCAUUCGAGGAAUAAAAGUUUGACAGUCAAGCCAAUUCCAAGUCCCCAAAUCACCUCUCCUGUUUUAAAUAUUAAACCAAAUGCAUCGUUUGAGGAUAUCAGAGAUGAAUAUCCUCAUUGUAUUCCAAUCCAUACCAAAUCAAAACAGUCAUUGCUAUCUUUGGUGAAAAUUUUUCCCGAGCUGCCAGAAGAUAAUGGGGGUAAUUCAGCUGGUGCAAAAGUCCCAGCACUGCAAAAAGAUAUUUCCUUGUUUGGAUUAAAGAAUUUAUUAAUGUUAGUUUUUGUUGUGAAUAAUUUCGGGUUGCUUCUUGAGUACUACAAGAAUUAUUUCACUGUUGACUCUAUUCAUUCCGUGGUUUUUGUGUUCAGAUACAAUUCCGAUAUUCAAUUUUUUUUACUUUGCGUUAGCUUGACCCCGUUAUAUUAUAUUUACACCUACAUUGUUGAAAAGGUUUUGUACUUUUUAACUUUAAAGAAGUUCAACUCUCUUAUAAGAAACAAAUUUUCAAGCUCCUCAUUGGGUGGUGGUAAUUCCAAGGCUGACAACAACUAUCUCGUUGGUAGGGAUGACUUGAGUUUCAAGUUGACGAACAAUUUGUUACCUACUAAUUAUUUAUUGCCAAUAUUUGUGAUUCUAUACUUUAGUGCAGUAAUAUUGGUUUUUGGAGUGAACAAUAUUAUUAUCAUCAGGUUCAUUUAUAAUCCAAUUCUUGGUAGCGUUCUAGAACUCCAUACCAUUGUUUGCAUGUUUAAAAUCAUCAGCUUUGCAUUGACUAACAAGAACCUUCGGGAAUUGUACUUCAAAUCCAUCAAUUCAGCAAAAUAUCAAAGGUACUUGAAACACAAGAAACAUUUGAUAAAUUCUGAUGGCACAGUGAAUCUUACUCAUGAAGCUCCGCAGGGUGUCGAUUCGGAAUUACUUUCUGGUAGAAUGACUGGAUCACAACUAGCAGAAACUAUCAAUAGUUUAAAACAAAGAAAGAAUUCUGAUGAGAAAAGAGACAUUGGAGAACCAGAAAUGGAUCAUAGUCUUGACUCUGAUAAGGAUUUCAUAGAUCAGAAUUUGCAACCACUGUUCUAUGAAGGUAACUACUAUCCAAAUAAUAUUACUAUGAAUGAUAUCUUUUAUUUUUCUGCAGUUCCAACCUUAGUUUAUCAGCCUAUGUAUCCAAGCAGUGGUAAAAUUAAUUGGAAAUAUGUCAUUGAUAAACUAUUGGAAAUUGCUGCAAUGACAUCCGUCAUUUUUUACUUGUGUUCGCAGUAUGCUGUUCCUAUUCUUAAAGACUCUAUUUUGAACACAUUCAAUUUAUCACAUCACGGGUUUCAAGCACCAAAUAUUACCUCAUUUCCUUCCUCUUCAACUCCAUCCGAUGAUAGUGCCUUCAUUGGACAAUUAAAAUUAGUUGAGCUUUUGAUUAAACUUGCUGAUAUCUCCAUUUUAAUUUGGUUGAUUACCUAUUAUGUUGUUUUCCAUGAUUACUUGAACUUUAUGGCAGAAGUUACAAUGUUCAAUGAUCGCGAAUUCUAUGUUCAAUGGUGGAAUUCUAGAUCAGUUGGAGCUUAUUGGAAAACUUGGAAUAAAGUAUUCACCAAUUUUUUUGAUCGUCAUUUCUACAAACCAUUACUUAUCACCAGGGAAAGACAUUUGCUCACAUCUUCCACAGAAGAUCCUAAUGGGGGCUCCGCUGGAGAAAGAGAAUCUGGCGUGAAUUCGUCCGGAAGUGCAAAGAUGAAUUUCUUCAUUUUUUUCAUCAUGGCUGUGAUGCAAGAGCUUGUUGUCGGCGUCCCAACCGGAAAUAUGAUGGGUAUUUCAUUUAUUUGCAUCAUCAUGCAAUCGCCACUCAGCCUUUUGACUAACCCUUUGGAUAAUUUAAGAGGAGAAAAUAACACCCUUGGUAAUGGCAUCUUUUGGGUUAGUUUUUUAAUUGGUCAGCCAUUAUGCAUUUUGUUGUAUUACUUCACCUGGAAUAUCAAGUAUGGCGAAUUGAGCAGCUAUUAA